UUCCUCCGCUAACGGGAAAGGCGCUUCUCGCUUCAGAAACGCGCACGUACGUUCACACGCAUUUCCAGGAAACCAGAGAGGGGCCGCGAUUCUUUGGCCAAAGGAAAUAGAUUGGCGCUGUUCUUCCACCCUCCUCCUCCUCCUCCUCCUCCUCCUCCUCCAUUUCACUCCCCAACUCCCAGCCCCAGCCCCGUAAACUUCCACCUCUUUCUACUCUUCCCCGUCCGAGCUGGGGAGGCAAAAGCUCCGUCCGAGACCAUCCCGACGCGCGGUCCGCCUUCGCCCACCUCCAUCCUCCCGCCGCCGCUACCGCUCGAAAGAUGGGGGAAAGGGGCGAUCGCGCCGGACCCGCUUCCCGCAGCCCAGCCUGCAAAGCCGAGUCCGUGUUUUAAAUCGAUUUCUUUGCUCGCCCCCUUUCGUUUUCCCCGCUCCCCGGAGAAACCCAGGCACCGCUCGGCUUUCCUCGAUAACAAAGUUAUGAGAAAAGAAUAAAAACCAACAACAAAAAUCAAGCAAUUCGUAGAACAUCGCUUAGCCUGGAGAAUUACUUGAGUUUCCAUCCCUUGCAGCUGCAGCUGUGAAGAUUUGUGGAGGAAGCUGCUGAUUGAUUUUUGUGCAGAUAAGCACAAUUUAAAGUAGAGGAUCCUUUAAAAGUGCCUAAAAGGAGAAAAUAUUUCAUAUGUAACUGGAGAAUUAAUCAUAUCAACUCUGUUUAAGUAAAAGGAAAAUGAAAGCAAAUUUAGUGAGGUUUGAUACAAGUAGUUCUUGACUUAAGGACCGCAGUUGAGCUCAAAAUUUCCAUUGCUAAGCACGACAGUUGUUAAGUGAAUUUUGCUCCAUUUUAUGAUCUUUCUUGCCACAGUUGUUAAGUGAACCAUUGCAGUUGUUAAGUGAAUAACAUGGUUGUUAAUUGAAUCUGGCUUUCCCAUUGACUUUGCUUGUCAGAAGGCCACAAAAGGUAAUCACAUAACCCCAGGACACUGGAACUGUCAUAAAUAUGUGCCAGUUGCCAAGUCUCUGAAUUUUAAUCACUUGGGGAUGCAACAAAGAUCAUAAUUAUGAAAAUUAAGUCCCUUUUUUCAGUGGUGAUAUAAUUUCAAACCGUCACUAAAUGAAUGGUUGUAAAUCGGAGAUUACUUGUAUGGGCUCAAAGAGCAGAGUGGCCCUUGGUCCAGAAAAAGUGUGCAAUUUUUGUUUAAAGACACAACCCAAUCCAAGCUAGUACAGUAAGGUUUAAAAUAAUCUAAGUAGAUACUCAAAAGAUCUCCUGUUGUAUUCUCAUUCUGUUGAAACAUUUAAGAGUUCUUUCUCAGUGGAUGAUGUUUUUAUUUCAUUUUUUAUGUCAAACCUUCUCUAAUGACAAAAAAUGUUCUUCUCUCCAUCAUAUUGAAGUUAGUUUGACUGUAUACUAAAUGUCUGUAUUUAUUUAUUUAUUUACAUCCUGCCUUUAUUAUUUUUGCAAAUAACAAGACAAUGAACAGAUCCAACACACUUUCCUCCUCCUAUUUCCUCCACCACCAACCCACACACACAACAAUCCUGUGAGGUAGGUUGGGCUGAAGGAGAGUAACCUGCUGGCUUUCAUGGCUAAGAAGGGACUUGAACUCACGGUCUCCCACUUUCUAGUCUAGUGCCUUAAUCAGUAGAAUAGACCAAACCAGCUCCCAAUGGUGGAAAUUUCCUCUUAAUACCCAAAAUGAAAGAUAAAGAAGGAUGCAUCUCCUAGAAUUAUCGGUAGAUAAGAAGAGUGACUCAUUCAGAGACUGAAGAGCCUCUUUUGAAGGGAGGUGCUUCAGGCUACAGAAGCUGUCACUAGUUGCUUGUACAUCAGUACAAGCUAUUGAUUUAUUUAGCCUGUUAAUGUCACUUCUUGCUCUCUACUACUUGCUACUCAGUCGGUUUCUAAAUGGAGAUGACAAGGGCUGAACUAGGACCACCUCUAUUAAUGUACUUAGGCCCCCUUUCUCUGGUCUCCUUAUUUUCUGUUGCACAACUGAACCAGGCUGGGAGUGGUUGAUUUAUGUCCAGGAUUUGCUUAUCUGUGCAGACGAUAAUUCAAAGGAUUUUGGAAUUGGGAGAGACUAGCAGAGAGUUCAUAUCCCAGAGUUCAUAUCCCAUGAUGUUGUAUUUACAGAACUAGCCUCUCUAAUUCUGCUGGCAGCUAAACAGAUUCCUUCUAGGUCAGAUGUAGAUUGGAAAUGACCUAAACUUGACAAGUUUGAGUUCAGAUGCUACUCCCCGUAAAAUGGGCCACAUUUUCCUGUGUGAGGCUACUUCAGGACAUGUUUUUUUUAGCAAAAAACAACAACAACCAAGUCUCGCAUGGGAUUGUAUUUACACAGAAGCAAUAACUCACUUGGGUUUUUCAGAUGGAAUCUGUGAAAUAGGAUAUUAGAAUCUUACUGCUGAGAGAUUGUGACUUUUCAACUGUGCUAAAUUUUCUCUCUUCCCAGUAAAGUAUUAUUCACAGAUUAGUUAAAAACAGCUUUAUGUCAAGAGUUUUCAGUACAGGUAGUCCUUGACUUAACAACAGUUCAUUUAGUGACCAUUCAAAGUUACAACAACACUGAAAAAUGUGACAUUAUCAUUUUUCACAGUUACAAACUUUGGAGCAUCUCCAUGGACACAUGAUCAAAAUCCAGAUGCUUGGCAACUGGUUCAUAUUUAUAACCGUUGCUAUGUCCCGGGGUCAUGUGAUCACCUUUUGCAACCUUCUGAUCCGCAAAAUCAAUGGGGAAGCCAGAUUCACUUAACAACUGGGUUACUAACACAUCAACUGAAGUAUUCAUUUAACAACUGUGGAUUGUAAAAUGGGGCAAAACUCACUUAACAACAGAAAUUUGGGGCUCAAUUGUGGCUGUAAGUCAAGGACCACCUAUAAUGUCCUCUUCUCAUUUUUUGUGUAGUGGUUUAAGGCAGCAGGUUAGAAAAUAGGAGAUCCUGAAUUCUAGUCUUGCCUUAGGCAUGAAGCCACCUGAAGCAUUUUGAGUCAUUCUAUCCCAGCCUAGGAAGGAAGCAAUAUAAUAGGAAACACUUCAAAGAAAUGUGGCCAGAAAAACUGUCAGGACUUGUCUUGUUUCUCACAUGAAAAGUACUAUGCCCUCAAGAUACCAAUAUUGCAUUUUAGGAGAAGAGACACUAGAUUUUUUUAAAAAAUAUAUAACUUUAUUAAAGAUUUUAAAAACAAGAGUAAAAUUAGUACAAACUAAAAUAGAACAAGAAAGAAAAACGAAGAUCCAGUGCCGCGAACAAGUAGUGGAUGGCUUUUAUGGAGUGCUGAAUAGGAAACAAGGCCAUGUUUUUAAAGAGUCCCAAGUGGCUGGGACCCCAUGUUUGUGGUCAAGGCCUACCUGCCUGUGAACAAAUCUUAUGGUUUCACGGCCGACUUGAGAUCCAACACCGGAGGCCAGGCUUUCCCGCAGUGCAUGUUCGAUCACUGGCAGAUUCUCCCCGGGGAGCCCUUCGACAGCGCCAGCCGUCCUUCUCAAGUGGUCAGCGAGACACGCAAACGGAAAGGGCUGAAAGAAGGCAUCCCCACGCUGGAUAACUUCCUGGAUAAAUUGUAAACCAAUUGAAUGAAAUAAUACCGUACCAGAUCUUUAAAAAAAGAAUAAAUUUUAAAAAUGGCAAAAAAAAAAAAAGAAAAGAAAGAAAAAUGAAGAAACAAAAGAGAAAACUAAAGUGCAAAAAAAGAAAGAAGAAAAAUAGGAAAGAAAGAAAAAAGAUUAAGAAGUGGCAUCUAAUUUUUAUAAAAGUUAUAAGUGCAAUUGUAGUUUUACUUCUUUCUCCAAAGACACAGAGACUCUAAAUUUCUAAAUGCAGGGAAAUGUUAAUGAAUAUGAGCUGUCAAAUAUGCCAUCUUCAACCUACUGCUUUUUACUGAUAUAGUCCCAGAAAUAUUUUUUUCCUAAUGCUAAUGAAUCUGAGAUUACUUUUAGAGUUGAAGUUGACGAUACUCCUUUUGUUGUUGGUAUCUAUGUAUUAAAAUUCUUUAUUUGCAGGGAAAUAGACAAAGAAUUUUAACACAUCUUAUAUUCUUCCUGGCAAAGAUUUAUUUUAAAAAAUCAUGGUAACAGUAGAAUAAUAGGCCUAAUUCUUAUUUACCGGACUGAUUACAUGAGAUAAUUUUGGAAUGUGGUGUACAUAAAUCCUUCUAUCCAGAGACUCAAGAGGCAAAAUUUAAGGUAGUGUAUAUUAUUUAUUAUAAUUAAUUUAUUAAUUAUAUACCAUUCUGGGAUAAACCAAAAGCACGGAUAAUGUUACUGCAAUGAAAUGUCUGCAAGAAGAAUGCCAAGAUCAGAGGUCGUUAGGAACCCAAAUAUUCAGUCCUGAUUUAUGUAGAUUCUCCAUUGCUGCAAUUAUCUUUAUCAGUACUUCAGACAAAAUAUUGCUCAAGGCCAAACAUUUUCUUAGAUUCUGAACAGCUCUUGUUGAUUUCAUGAACUUGGCCACUCAGUUUUCUUGGCAACUACAUAAUAGUGAUUUUGGUCAGUUUUUUCAGUUGUUACUUUCACUUCCUGCUCUAGUUUUCAGCCAUGAAAUUCCCUGGAAAGCUAUCAUCCAAAUCUCAACCAGGACUCAUCCUGCUUAGCUCUGGAGCCUAUAUAAACUUAAUCAGGAGCUGCUACCUGCAACUCUCCCAGGAUCUUAAGAUACUUCAAUAGGACGCAUUUUAUAGGAUCAGAAUGAAGAUUUAAGAGUAGGCUUCCUCAAUCUGGUGGUCUCCAGAUUCAUUAUACUACAAGUCCUGUUAUCCCCACCUGACAUGUAAUAGUGAGAAGUUGUGUCCAAUGCAUCUGAAGGGUGACCAGGUUGAGAAUGCCAAAUGACUUAUGGGUAAUUUUUUGACUUACAACCAUUAGUUUAAUGACUGCUCAGAGUUACAGUGGUGCUGGGAAAAAAGGACUUAUGAUCAGUCCUGCAAUUACAACUAUCCCAAAAUCCCUGCAGUCACUUGAUCAAAAUGAGUACAACUCACUUAAUGACCUCAUUGUUUAGUGAUGGAAGUUCUGGUCCCACUUGAGAACUAACUGUAUUACUUACAAAUCAGUAAGAGCAACAAUUUGAGAGCAAGCAGACAUCUUGUCAAACACACAAUGUGUCAUUCUAAUUUUUGCUCCCUGAAGAUGUUUGGCAGGAAUUCCAGUAAAGGUAAAGGUUCCCCUUGCACAUAUGUACUAGUUGUUCCUGACUCUAGGGGUGCUCAUCUCAGUUUCAAAGCCAAAGAGCCAGCGCUGUCCAAAGAUAUCUCCGUGGUCAUGUGGCCGGCAUGACUAAGCCCCAAAGGCACAUGGAACGCUGUUAUCUUCCCACUAAAGCUGGUCCCUAUUUUUCUAGGUGCAUUUUUUAGGUGCUUUCGAACUGCUAGGUUGGGACAAGUAACGGGAGCUCAAACUGCUGACCUUUCAAUUGACAAGCUCAGCACCUUAGCCACUGAGCCACCGUGUCCCUUAGGAAUUCCAGUAGAUUCUCUCAAAAGUACAUUUCAUUGCAGUUGACGGCUGAUCUUGAAAAAAGUUAAGCAGGUUGGACCUGUUUGGUGUUCAAAUGGAUGACAGGAAACCAAUAUCUCACCCUAGAAGAAAAUCAUGGUAAACUACUUCUGUGUUUUUAUCAAGAAAGCAACGUGGACAUGUUAGCUAGGCAGCCAUUAGACAUCAGAGUCAACUGGGAAAGGUCUUUUGUCAUUUCUUUCGCAAGCUGCAGGCUAGUUUUCUUUGCCAAUCCUGGACUGGGUCCCUUCUCCAGUUCUGUCUUUCAGUGGUUGCUGAGUUAGUCUUUUCCUCUUUGAAGGACCAGUUAAUUCUGUCAACCAAUAACAAGCCCUCCGAUUAUGAAACAGAAUCCUGCUUUCUCUGGCCUAGACAUGUUCUGAGUUACGUAAUAGUUUCAAAACCAUCUUGUAACUGAGAUCAAUGGUGAGAUUAAAUACUUUUUAAAGAAGUUAAAUUGAUCAGAAAAGGAAGCUGCCAUGGUUGGGCUCUUAGCAAGAGAAGUGUCCGGGCUCGAUAGCAGAAAGAAGGAAAGGGGAAGCAAUUGUUAGCAGUCUAACACACAGCAAAUGGAAGAGGCCGUUUCUGAAAAACUGCCAUGAAUUGAAAAAUUAGCAACCCAGAUCAGAAGUUAGAAUAACAUUUAUUUCCAUGCUGUGCUUUCCACUUUGGGGAAAUUUUAUUCUGGGGCAACUGGAUUCUCCCUCCGAUGUCCAUGUCUGAUCUUCUGGUUAGAAGAUCAAUUGCCCACAAAUCUGUUCUCUUAAACUGCUCCCUACAAGAGAUUGGUCUUGGGGGAGAAAAACCUCCAUCAAUUGUGGGUGCUCCAACACUUGAAGUUUUCAAGAUGAGAUUGGAGAUCCAUUUGUCCAAAAUGGUAUAGUUAUCUGCUUGAGCAGGGAUUGGACUAGAAGACCUCCAGGGUGCCUCCCAACCCUAUGAUCCUAUGUUCUAAAAGGGAAUCCCAGAACUAGAAUAGAGCUGCAAGAUUGCAUGAAGCUUUCUUGUAUUUUUAUAUACAGAUCUUGUAUGAUCUGUGGGGGAAUGAUGCUUAGCCACUCUUGCCUAUUCCUCUGUUCUUCCCCAUAACCACCCUGAAGGGAAACCUACUGGUUCUUCUGUCUGUCAAUCAGUUUAAGAAGCAAACACUUUGGCUCAUCUCUUCUAUGAAUUUUGCAAGGGUGGCUGGUUUUGUUGCAGGAAUGAAUCUGCACCUUGAGAAGCUCAGGUUUCUUUGAGAUAGAUCUGUAUAGGUAGCAGUUUAAAAAUACAUGAAAUCCAUACUAGUUCUUACAGGUAGUCCUCUAUUUACAACCAUUUAUAUAGCAACCAUUCAAAAUUACAGGUAGUCCUCGACUUACAAUAGUUCAUUUAGUGACCAUUCAAAGUUACAACGGCACUGGAAAAUGUGACUUAUGACCAUUUUUCACACGUAUGACCAUGGCAGCAUCCCCAUGAUCAUGUGAUCAAAAUUCAAAUGCUUGACAAUUGGUUCAUAUUUAUGACCAUUGCUGUGUCAUGGGAUCUCCUUUUGCAACUUCUGACAAGCAAAGUCAACGGGGAAACCAGAUUCACGUAACAACCGUGUUACUAACUUAACAACUGCAGUGAUUCACUUAACAACUGUGGCCAGAAAGAUCAUAAAGUGGGGCAAAAUUCAAUUAACAAUUUUUGUCUCAGUUGUGGUCGUAAAUUGAUCUGUAUAUCUCUUGUAUCUACUCUUUAGCAUCAGAGCGGAAAUUUAUUUGUACGUACUCUCUUCCCUGUACCCUAGGCUCAAUAGAGUCAAAAUUCUUCAUAAAAUGUCAAAUUCCAUAUUUUGAGACUACAACUUUUUAAUUCCCCAGACUUGAACAACUCAGUUCAGGCUCUUUGCAAAAAGCUGUGCUCUAUAGCAAGGGUCACCAACCUUUCAGACCUCAGGGACAUAAAUUCAUAAUUUUAUAUCCUGCGGACCACUAAUACAAAUUUUUUAAAAAGAUAAAUAGUAUUUAGUGCAAUAUAAAAAAUGCAGAUAAUUUUUCUGCAGACCACCAACAUUUUCUCACAGACCGCCAGUGGUCCAUGGACCACCAGUUGGUGACCGCUGCUCCAUAGUGUGAUGCUUAGAAAAACUCCAUGCAAUAAACUAUCAAUAAAAUACAAGUAGUUCUUGACUUACAAUUCAUUUAGUGACCAUUCAAAGUUACAGCGGCACUGAAAAAAGAGACUUAUGACCAUUUUUCAGUUAUGACCUUUACAGAAUCCCCAUAAUCAUGCGAUCAAAAUUCAGACGCUUGGCAACUGACUUAUACUUAUGACCGUUGCUUGUGUCCCAAGGUGACCUUCUGACAAGUAAAGUCAACGGAGAAGCCAGAUUCACUUAACAACCGUGUUACUAACUUAACAACUGCAGUGAUUCACUUAACAACUGUGGCCAGAAAGGUCGUAAAGUGGGGCAAAAUUCACUUAACAAAUGUCUCACUUAGCAACAGAAAUUUUGGGCUCUACUCUGGUCAUAAGUUGAGGACUACCUGUAUUUAGAAUGUUUGGGAUUUGGGUACUGAUAAGCAAAGUCAGGCUAUUUUCCCAAUACUUUUUGCCAAAUCUGUUGUGUUGGACAAAACUUGUCUAAAAUUUUGCACGUAAACGUUAAAAUCAGUCAGUGAAGAAUUUGAGAUUAAGAGAAAAGCCUAGUUUGAAAUGUAAAAAAAAAAGGGGGGGGGGGUCAGCAAUAGACCACUUGUAGCUUUGAAGCUGCAUUCAGCUCUACACUUAAUUAGGAGAUUAAAGUUAGAUAAGUAAUACCCUUUUCUACUUUUCUUUUUCAUAAAAAGGCUUCGUGAAGUAGACUUGAUGACAUAUUGCUCUUGGCUCAAGGUCAACUAAUGAGUUCCAUGGCUGAGUUUGAGCCUCUAUUUCUCUCUAAAAGGGGAACUUAUGAAAUGCAUGGAGAAAUGGGCUCGUUGCACUUUUUCUCUCUCUCUCUCUGUGCCCAUUUUUCAAUGCACAACCUCCUUCUGUCUAUUAUUCAAAUACAGGUAAUCCUCGACCUAUGAACACAAUUGAGACCAAAAUUUCUGUUGCCAAGCAAGGCAAUUAAUAGCAAUAGCAUGUACACUUUAUAUACUGCUUCACAGUGCUUUACAGCCCACUCUAAGCUGCUUACAGAAUCAGCAUAUUGCCCCCAACAAUCUGGGUCCUGAUUUUACCGACCUCAGAUGGAUGGAAGGCUGAGUCAACCUUGAACCGAUGAGAAUCGAACUGCUGAACUGCAGGCAGGCAGCAGAAUCAGCCUGCAAUACUAACCACUACUAAUCAAUUAAGAGAGUUGUGCCCCGUUUUAUGACGUAUUUUUUUGCCAUAGUUAAGCAAAUCACUACGUUUUUUUAAAGUGAAUCAUCUGGCGUUAAGCGAAUCUGGAUUCUCCCAUUCACUUUGCUUAUCAGAAGCUCCCUAGAAAGCUUUUAAAUGACAAUCUGAAGACCCUGAGAUGCUGAGAUCAUUGUAAAUAUAUGCUGGUUGCCAAACAUCUAAACUUUGAUCAUGUGACUUAGGAAGCUGCAACGGUCAUAAGUGUGAGGAACUGAUCAUAAAUUGCCUUUUUCAGUGCCAUUGUCAUUUUGAACAGCCAUUAAAUGAAUGUUGUAAGUUGAGGAUUACCCGUACCAAAUAUUUUGACUCACCAGGCCAAAUCAGACUAACAUCCUUGAUGCGAGUGAUGUUCAGGUGCCUCUCUGUGAAUUAACUUUAUCUUCCUUUUCAGAUGCAGCUCUGAUAAAUGAUCAAGCAGUCCACUAGUCAAUUGGUGGCGCAAUGGUCCCCCUGUGCUGUUGCUGCCCGCCGGCAUCUGCACCAAUCGUGGUGGCCAUGACAGGCCCUGCCGUCCCUUCCUACCAUUUCAAGAGUUUCUGUGGAGAGUUUGAGCGGGUGGAAAGUGCCUUGGAACGAUUGGAGGCCAGUGGCUUCUACUGGGGCAGCCUGUCAGGAGCUGAAGCCAAGAGGCUCUUGACUUCCCAGCCUCCUGGUGUCUUCCUGGUGAGAGAUUCCUCCGACCAUCAUCACCUCUUCACCUUGAGUGUCCGCACCAGGACAGGCAUCACCAACCUGCGUAUUCAGCAGCAGGACUCCGCUUUCCACCUGGAGGCCUUGCCAGGAGCUGGCCAUCCCCCAGCUUUCAGUUGCGUGGUCCAGUUAGUUGAGUAUUAUCUCUGCCUGGGGGCUGUGGAAGGGGGUCCCUGCUACUUGGAGAGCGAGGGUCAGCCUCCGGUGCCUUUGGCCCUCUCACAGCCACUCCGUUGCAAGGUGCCCACUUUGCAGGAGUUGUGUCAGCGGGCUGUACGAGCCACCGUGCACGGCAGAGGUGACACCAGAGCUCAGCUGCAGAGGCUGCCAGUCCCCCAGGCAUUAUUGAACUCUAUCUGCAGCUAAAAGGAAGCACCAGUUUUAAGACCUUUUAAUGAAUGCAGAGUUGGGGCCUUCCUUGUUAGAAUGGAUGAGCAGUGCUGGUUGUAGAUAGUGUACUGCUGAUGCACCACUAUUUUCUUGGAAUAAACCAUCUUGACAGAUAAGCCAACCAUUUCAUUGUGGAGCUAUUUAUAAUGAGCCUUCCAAAAGCUAUUGAAAAUUAUCUGAAAAAAGGGGUUGGCAGAGUAGGUUAGUCAACAAUAUGGAAAUGUGUAUCCUAUAUAAUCCCCUUCCCCAUUUUUCCAAGUUAGCCACUUCCACAUUUCAAAUGCUUCUUGUGCACAGGUAGUAUAGCAGAAAACUUUUACUCUAUCCAUAGGCAGAGCUGCCCUAAGCACCUCCCAACUGUUCUCGUCUUUAGUUGAAAGGUGUGUGACAAGUUUGUGUGAAAGUCCCCAUGACAAAUAUCUCUGCUAACUGUACAAGGAACACCUGUCAAGUCUGCAGCAGCACUGCCCAGUAGUGAAGUCAACAAGGACAGAAUUGGUGUUUAGCUGCAACUAUUGUGCAUCUUUCUCUACAAACUCUCAGGCGGACAAGAAGAUUGUACACCCAGUAACAAGGAGAAUGUUUGAAUCUACAACCAAGAGCCUUCUCUGGUUUCUUUCUUUAGAUAACCCCAAGGCCAGUCUGAAGGCAGAUUUUGAGCAAUAAACCACACUGCACCAAAUCCACAGCAGUCCUCUCCUUCUCCAUUUCCACUUUGACCACUGUGUGAUCCUGAAAUCUCUCCUUCCCCCACUUCCAGUCACCGCCUUUAGUAAAGGUUAUUACUGUAACUUGACAGCUUUCAAGAAUGCUGACUCAGAAACCAGUUACGAGAAAGAAAAAAAGUUCAGUGACUUGAGUGUUUUUAUAGGCAGCCAGCACAGAUAUACUAAAGGGUGAGCGAGAUACCAGUCUCUGAGGAAACAAGAGACUGCAUAGUAAAGGGACAAUAGAAGAAAAACAAAAUCCCAAACCUUGCAGCAGCAAAGGUUAGAAAAUGUGAUUGCAGAUGGUAAUUUUGUGCAUCUCGUGCAAAACUUUAAAGUAGCACAGCUCAAUGAUACUCCAUUCUUAAGAACUAUUCAAUUUUUAGUCCUAAAAAAUGUUUUUAAGGAACCUAAAAACGCCUUCUCAAAUAAACCUUGAUCAUCUGCAAACUGACUUGAUUCUUUUGCUUUUGAGUUCAUUUAUGAUUUCUUACUGGCAAGGCAGACCUCUUCCUGGAUCCUACUGGGAAGCCUAGCCAAUUCCUCUCCAACAAUAAGUAAAAGUAUGUGUUUUUAUCAGAGGCCAGUUUGCUUUCCUGCUUCCUGAAUGAAAGUAACAAAGCUUGCAAGAGGUAAAAGUUAGCAGUGAAGGAAUUCAUCUCCUCAGAGUCUAGCUUAUCUCCCGUUUUUAUUAAUUGUUCACCUUUGCACUAUUUUUAUCAGCAAGACCUUACCAAUAAACUCUUAAGAGGAAAAUA